CUCCUUCAGAGAGAGAAAAAAAAAAAUUAAAAAAAAAAUUCCACGGCCAACCCCCUACCCCAAGCCGGAGCCCGCGCCCAGCCCGAGCCCGGCUCGAGCUCAGCCCGAGCCCAGCCCAGCCCGGCCCGGCUGAGCCCAGCCCAGCCCGGCCCGCGCCCACCCCGCCCGCCGCCGCGGCCAUGGAGGACCCCGAGGCCGCGGGGGCCGCGCCGCCGCCCGGGCUGAGCUCGCUGCUCCCCCCCAGGGAGUUCCUGCGCUCCCGCAAGGGGCAGCUGCUGCUCGCAGAGUCGGUGCUGUCAUUUAUCAUCUUUAUCUGCUAUAUUGCAUCUCUAGCCGCUUCUUUCAUGAUGGCACCACUCCUAGAGUUUCUGCUGGCACUGUUUCUUUUUUUUGCCUACGCCUCCAAGCUUAAUGAGAAGUUUAAAGGAGUCCACUGGCCUUUGGCGGAUUUCUUGCGCUGUGUCACCGCUGCCAUUAUUUACUUUGCCAUUUCAAUUGCUGCUGUCUCAAAAUACAGUGAUGGAGCAUCGAAAGCAGCAGGGGUGUUUGGGUUUGCAGCCACAAUCGUGUUUGCCAUUGAUUUCUACAUCACCUUCAAUGACCUGGUCACUUUCCUCAAGCAAGGCAGCUCCGAUUCCCCCGAGGGGCACAAGACAGAAGAUGAGGACUCCGACUCUGACUCAGACUGAAGAACCAAACACCAACCAAGCGUGAAGGGAAGAUGAUCAAGCACUUUCCUCUUUGCUGAAUGCACUGCCAAUUGAAAUAUCCCCUUAUUUUAGUCCCUUUCCACCUCACUGUUUAUGGAAUCACAGACAGGGCAGUGAUGUGGAAAAGGAGACUACUCCCAGUGCCAUUGAACACUCCUUGGCAACUACAGAUCCUACAGCAGAUCUGUCCAAACAACACAGAUCAAUUCUCUGUUGCCCCUCCCCACUCAGCACAUCCAUGUCCCAAGUAAGUAGGAACAGCAUUUUUAACAUUUACAGCUUAUAAUGUGCUUUCGUAAUUCCAAACCUUUAACACUUAGAGCUUUUAUACUUCUUGACAUGCCAAAGAGAAGAGGUUUGGAUGCCUGUUUGUAUUUUUCUUUAUUAACUAACAGUAUUUCUUUAUCCAAAGUCUGAAUACUCCUGAGCACUGAAGGCAAGGGUUGCAGUUAACACGUUGGUUUCAAUACCUUUGUAUCUCCUGUCUGUCUGUGACAAGGAAAAAUGACAACUGGAAAUCUGCAGCAAAUGCAAACCUCAAAGUAUAAUGGUGCUGCAGGGCAGCUGGCUCAUCAGACAUUCGGUAUCCCUUGUUUUAAGCUGCUUGGAUGGAGUCACAUCCCCUCUGCUGCAAUGUCACCACAGGAUGGGGUGGAGCAGGUGAGGCAGCUCUGGGCAGCCCUGUCCUGUUUUUGUGGAAGCCCUGGGAGUGUUUGCACAGCCAGGGACGGCAGGCUUGGCAAAUACCUCCCGGUCAGACCUGCCUGGUGAAACCUGCAGGUGUUUGUGCCCCAGGCACCAGUGCUGAUGUCCUGCUCUGUGCCACUGGCCACUGGUGCUGCCACACUGAAUGCACGCAGGCCCCAGGAGGGCAGUGCCUCUUCCCCACUGUGAAAAGGCCAAGAAACCAACCCCAAACUACAGAAUAUCUGCAAUGAAUUCAUCUCCCCCAGAUCCCUUUUUUCAGUGUGGCUGGGUGGGGUUGGUUGGGUUGGUUGUUCUCCCCUGGAAGGAUGUGAUUUAUCUUGUGGUGUUGAAUUCCAGGGAAAAAGGCCUCUGAAUGUACAAGCUGUUUUCACAGGUAGCACAACCUACUCUGGAAUAUCUGUGUCCAUUUAUAAACACUUGGGAAUGCUUGGGAGGAGCAUGGCACGCUCCUCACAGGUGGCAUCAGACAGAUCUGUGGCAAAAAAACCUGUAUGGAUGUUUUAAAAAUGAAUAUAGUACCAGAACAGGUGUGAUUAAAAUGAGAGCAGAUGGUACUAACAGAGUAAGUGAAAAACAGGGAUGAAAUAAUAAAGGCAGAUUUCCUUUGGAAUAAAAUCAGCACCUGGGUUCCAGUUCCCUGUGGCAGCUGCCAGCAGGACAGGGGAGCUGGCAGGGACCAGGGGGUGCUGGUCAGGCUCAGAGUUGUCCAGCAGGCAGCUCCUGCAUCUCCUGCUUCCUGACCACUGACAGAGUAAAUGCAAAACAAGUGGUUGCUUCUAAAUGGGACAGACAAUCUCUGAUUUAUGAGAAAGAUUUCUUUGGACCUUUUCCUGUAUGAAAUCUCGUGUUUCUCUCCCUUCUCUUGUCAUAUUUUACUGUCACACACUGUGAUGUUCAGGGGACCUGGGCUCAUUUUUAUACUUGUUUUGUAUUUCUCUUUUUUUUUUUGUAAGUAAAAAAGUGUACUGCAUGUCACAGCUGGAGAUGUGGUUAAUAUUUAGAAACCAUACUGGAUUAAACUUCUUUUAAUAGAA